CUUAGCAACCGACCUGAUCCACGCUAUCGCUGGUUUCUAAGACAGGAGCAAAUAGAAAACAAGUGCCUGCUUUUCCAUUGUUCAUCAAGCUAGACAGAAUUUUAACCUAGUAAUCAAAAAGGAGAAUCAAUAAUUUAGAUAACGAUGAGCGAGCAAAUUAAGUUUAUAGUGGAGCAGCUCAAUAAAGACCCCUUCAAGAAAAGUUUCAAUCUCAUAACUUUUGACUCCCUGGAGCCCAUGCAACUGCUGCAGAUUCUCAAUGAUGUCCUGGCCGAGAUUGAUCCCAAGCAAGCCAUUGAUAUUCGUGAGGAGAUGCCGGAGCAGACGGCAAAGAGAAUGUUUACUUUAUUAGGAAUGCUUAAGUACCGACCUCCAGGAAACUCUGCUGAAGCGAGCAGUUUUCGACAGGGCCUGGUGACUGGCAGCAAGCCAGUGGUGCACCCUGUCCUACACUGGCUGCUGAUGAGGAUCCCGGAGCUAAAGAAGAGGGCUUACCUGGCCCGCUUCCUCAUGAAGCUGGAGGUGCCUGCAGAGUUCCUGCAGGAUGAGGUUAUCGCUGAUACCUACCAUCAGUAUGAGGAGCUGGUGGAUGGAUUCAAGGGCUAUCACAAGGAAUGUGAACAGCUGAAGAGUUCUGGCUUCUCCACUGCUGAGAUACGAAGGGACAUUGGUGCAAUGGAGGAGGAGAAGGACCAGCUGAUCAAGAGAGUGGAGCGUCUGAAGAAGAGGGUGGAGUCGGUGUCCAACCACCAGCACAUGCUUGAGCUGGCAAGACAACUGCGGGUUGAGAAGGAGAGAGAGGAGUCGCUUGUUCACCAGAAACAGGAACAGAAGAACCAGCUGUUCCAGGCAGAGCAGAGGCUGCAGAGAUCGCAGCUACAGCUGAAGGACCUGCGACAGGCAGCAGCAGAUGCCAAACCGGAGAGCUUAAUGAAGAGGCUGGAGGAGGAGAUCAAGUUCAACUCCUACAUGGCGACUGACAAGCUGCCCAAAGAGCUGGAGAGCAAGAAGCGCACGGCGCAGUACCUGCAGAAGGUGGUGGCUGAGCCGGCCAUGGGCCAGACAGAGCUGGGAGAGCUGGAGGACAAGAUCCGUGAGAUAAACAUGCAAAUUAACCAGCUGAUUGAAAAGAGAAUGAUGAGGAAUGACCCUAUGGAUGACAAACUCUCCCUCUUCAGACAGCAGGCCUCCAUCAUCGCGCGUAGGAAGGAAGCGAAGGCAGAAGAGCUGCAGGAGGCGCGGGAGGAGCUGGGGGGCUGUGAGAGGGACCUGACGCAGAAGAACAGCCAGGCCCGGGACCUGGAUGGCACAGAGGUCAUCCGAGGAGACGAGUUUAAACGGUUCUUGGGGAAACUGCGGAGCAAGAGCACCGUGUUCAAGAAGAGGAGGCAGGAGAUGGCGGAGCUGAGGGCAGAGUAUGGCAUCCUGCAGAGGACAGAGGAGAUCCUGAAACAGCGCCACGAAGCCGUCCAGCAGCAGCUGCAGUCCAUGGAAGCGAAGAAGGGGAUCUCGGGGUACAGUGACACCCAGGAGGAGCUGGAGAGAGUGUCAGCCAUCAAGAGCGAGCUGGACCAAAUGAAGGGCCGCACCCUGGACGACAUGUCUGAGAUGGUUAAGAAGCUCAACUCUGUGAUCGUGGAGAAGAAGUCUGCUCUGGCUCCAGUUAUUAAGGAGCUGAGGCCUUUGAGACAACAGUGCCAGGAGCUCACACAGGAGUACGAGGAAAAGAAAGCCCAGUAUGACAGCUGUGCCGCGGGAUUGGAGAGUAAUCGGUCCAAACUGGAGCAGGAAGUGAGGGCGCUCAGGGAGGAAAUGGCCCAGGAGGAAAGCCGAUACCACUACAUCAACUGCAUGAGGCAGGUCAUUGAGAUGCAAAUGGAGAGGGCGGCGGAUGAGAUGAAGGCAUACGUGUCUCCUGACCCGCAAGAGAGGAGGAAGGCAAUCAGGGAACAGUACAUGAAGAAUAUCGCAGAGCAAGAGAGUUUGGGAAAGAAGCUGCGGGAGACCCAGAAGGCCGUGCGGGAGAGCCACGGGCCCAACAUGAAGCAGGUGAAGAUGUGGCGCGACCUGGAGCAGCUGAUGGAGUGCAAGAGGCAAUGCUUCAUGAGGGCCCAGAGUCAGGCGUCUAUCGGCCAGGUCAUCCAGGAAGGGGGCGAGGACAGGCUGGUACUAUGAGGGCCAGGCCCCGCGGCCCCACUUUGGGCUCACACCUCUGCAGAGGGCUCUAAACAAGUGUCUUAGGUUUCAGCUCACUGUCACGUGGGAUGUAUUCAGAUACGCUUGUGUAAUUACUGUACUGCACAUUACAAUGCCUAUGUAGGCUUUGAACAGCUGUUUUGAACAGUUGUUCGUUUUAUAAUGUUAACUAUCUUCCUAUCACUUUUUUUGUAUGUCAGACCUUUCUUCCAGCUGCUGUGGGUAAGAAUAAUAUGGCGUUUCCCACAUUAUGCACAAAGAGAAAAACGUCACCGUACAACUGCGUACAAUUUAACCUUUUAUCUUUCCUCAAGAAAAGCCUUUCCGCUGCAGAGAAUGGGGCAGGGGUGCUCGGUGAGGCCAGGGCAGAGAGAACACAUGUUGUAGGAGGUGUUGUGUAGAUAAGAGGGGGGUCCGCUUUCUCUGGCCUGCGGACUUCAAACGAACCCACGGCUUCCAUUCUGACACAUCUUUAAGAAUACUGCUCCUGCCUGUGCAUCUAAAGAUAACGGCCUACAAAGUGUUGCACUUGGGACACUGUUGCUCCCUGUUAUUUUGGGAAACAACAGACAUGACCUUGUGUAGAAGAGCUUGCCAAUUUUGGAAUUCACCCGGACCUCCGCUGUUUCGGGACGAUAAUAUGUUAUAUGUGAGGGGGGCAGUCAUCCUCUGACUGAACAUGAAUAUUCCAUAUUUACAUGCGCUUCUGCUUGUUAUUUUAUUUAUUUGUUUUUAUUAUGGCAUUAGUGCUUACCACCAUUUGGGGCAGUGUCUUUAUUAUUUAAAUGAAUGACUGAAGUCAGACUUCAAUAUAAUUUUAAAUGUAUAUAUUUUUGUGUGAUUUUGUAGUCUUUUGUUGACUAGAUUGCUUUUCUUUCAAAAUAUGCAAUGAGCUGGGAAAAUUGAAGUCACCUACACAUUGGGAAAUGGUCAUUGAAAAAUGGAAUGCUUCACAUGUUUGUGUGCUCCACCUAUGGGUAUGCUAGAAAAAAAAAUUGUUCCAAGUUUACUUUUAUUGUGGUCACUUAACUUUUCCAGUAACAUAAACCUCAAAUCAUCAACUGACAUUUCAUCUCUCGCUAUACAUGCACAUAUUUGAGAUGCCAAACCUAUGAUGGCUAGAGGUAUGAAAGCAUGUGGACUAAGAUGGGACCACUGCAAAGCAAAUAUAGAAUUACCCAUUAGAAUGCUGAUCAAAUGAAAUGGUUUGUUCUUUCGUGUAGGUUGUCAGUAGUUUAAAUGAGCAUUUAUUGCACAUGAUUUUAUUGACUCUAAAUUAUCAUUAAUUAAUGUUUUCCUUUCUAAUUACAGCCCUUAUUUACUCCCUUUGGAAUUGUACAGGAAUUAUUCUGUGAACGCUUAUCUUGAUAGUGGAUUCAUUGCUUGACGUGUGCAUUUUUGUGUGUAAGAAACCUGCAUUGUAAAGCAAAUUUUCUGAUGAGAAAA